UUGGGCGAUCGACAUAUCGCCCACGGCCUCGAGGGGCCUCAAUAGUCCGAACUGAGCAGCAAUCAAAGUAGACACAGGUCGAACUUUAUUACCAAGCGCUCGAUAGUAGCUGCUGGGAACAACCGCAUGUCCUCAAAAGUACAGAAGGCUUUACAGGAAGAAGUAGCAGCAUCAAAAACAGCUCUGCGGGUAGCGGAUACUUUGUGGCUUUUUCUUUUUGACUCAAAGAUGAUUUUUUUCCCUCUGGACGUUAAGUGGAAGAUUGAAGACUUUUGCGGUGCAGUCGUAGAGCCCCGAAGCUCAGGACCUGACGGAGGACUUGGACAUUUCUGAGCAUUGACCUCAUUCGAGCCGAAACCUCGGAGUGAGACGCCGACCGACGCUGAGAUUUCAUCCCCCCCCCCCAUCCCCCGUUACAGGCCGCGAGGACGCACUGACCCCCCUGCCGGUCUGCAGUGGUCCCACCAUGGGGAAGACUGGGAAAAAUACAGUGGAUUUAAACUCCCCAACAGAGGUCAAUCAAGCUGUUCCCUUCGUGGAGCUGGAUCCCGCGGCGCACCCUGCGGACGACGAGAAGAAGAAGGAAGAGCCGCCCGACAGGGGAAGUUGGAAGGGGAAGUUCGAUUUCCUUCUGUCGUGCGUGGGGUACGCCAUUGGCCUGGGGAAUGUCUGGAGGUUUCCUUACCUGUGUGGCAAGAAUGGCGGAGGGGCCUUUCUGAUCCCGUACUUUUUGACCCUUGUGUUUGCGGGGAUUCCUCUCUUCUUCCUGGAGACGGCUCUGGGACAGUUCACCUCGGUAGGAGGCCUGGGGGUGUGGAGGCUCAUGCCUAUGAUGAAAGGUGUUGGUUUAGCUUCAGUAGUUCUGUCUUUCUGGCUCAACAUCUACUAUAUUAUCAUCAUUGCCUGGGCGCUCUACUACCUAUUCAACUCCUUUGGUUCGGAGCUGCCUUGGCAGAGCUGCGAUAACCCCUGGAACACAGAGAAAUGCUUUUGCAACUACAGUCUGACCGACACAACAAACCUGACCAGUGCGGUCACAGAGUUCUGGGAGCGGAACAUGCACCAGCUCACCAACGGUCUGGAGGAGCCGGGCGAGGUCCGCUGGCCCUUGGUGGGCACCCUGGCGCUGGCGUGGGUCCUCGUCUAUUUCUCAAUCUGGAAAGGAGUGGAGUGGACGGGGAAGGUGGUGUAUUUCUCCGCCACCUAUCCCUACGUCAUGCUGUUCAUCCUCUUCUUCCGCGGGCUCACUCUGCCCGGAGCCAUCGACGGUAUCCUCUUCUACAUCACGCCCGACUUCUACAAGCUCACCCGCUCCGAGGUGUGGCUGGACGCGGCGACUCAGAUCUUCUUCUCCUACGGCCUGGGCCUGGGUUCGCUCAUCGCGCUGGGGAGCUACAACACUUACAAUAACGACGUGUACAGGGACUCCAUCAUUGUGUGCAUCAUCAACUCCUGCACCAGCAUGUUUGCUGGCUUCGUCAUCUUCUCCAUCGUGGGCUUCAUGUCCCAUAUAACCAAGAAGCCCGUCAAGGAACUGGCAGCAUCAGGUCCGGGCCUGGCGUUUUUGGCUUACCCCCAGGCGGUCACCCAGCUGCCCAUGUCGUCUCUGUGGGCCAUCCUCUUCUUCUCCAUGCUCAUGAUGCUGGGCCUGGACAGUCAGUUCUGCACAGUGGAAGGCUUCGUCACCGCCCUGAUGGAUGAAUAUCCCCUGGUGCUGAGGAAGAGGAAGAAGAUCUUCAUCCUGCUUGUCUGCUUAGUGUCCUUCGUCAUCGGCAUCUCCAACAUCACACAGGGCGGCCUCUACGUGUUCAAGCUGUUCGAUUACUACUCGGCCAGCGGGAUGUGUCUCCUCUACCUCGUCUUCUUCGAAACGGUGUCCAUAUCCUGGUUUUACGGAGCUGACAGGUUCUAUGACAACAUCGAGGACAUGAUCGGCUAUCGGCCAUGUGGCUGGUGGAAGCUCUGUUGGAAGUUCUUCACGCCGCUGAUCUGCCUGGGGGUGUUUACCUUCAGUGCCAUUGAGAUGACCCCGCUGACCUUGGGGAAGUAUGUCUACCCGCUGUGGGGCCAGGUGAUUGGCUGGUUCAUGGCUCUGUCCUCAAUGAUACUCGUCCCGGGUUACUUCGUCUUCAUGUUCUGCGUCAGCAAGGGAAACAUCAAACAGCGUUGGCGGAAGAUGACGACUUCCAGCGAGGAUCAGAAGCCGUCGGAGCGCGAGGAAUCGGGACACACGGGGAGCGUGGGCGAAGCGCUUGUCUAGCGAGGAUCGUUCAGGUGGAAAUGAUUCCCGUCUGCCAGGAAAAAAAUGGACGGAUCGAGUGUUGUUCAGCAUUUUACUAUGAUGUUUUCUUCAAUUUGAAAGUGUGCCGGAAUAAUAAUGUGCCAAAUGUAGAAAACAGGGCUUUUCAAUUAUUGAUACAUGUAGAGGAUACGUUUCAUUUUGCAGUUAAAAGAGUGAACUGUGACUACAAAUUGAACCUUAUAGAUCAGCAGCAAACCUCCACCCGUAAGCCACAUGUGUACCGUUAACGUUUAGAUCUAUAUUGUACUUGUCAAAAUCACCGUUUUUUUGUCUACAAACUCACCACAUGCGACCUGAAUGUUGUGGUACGGAAAGCAUUAGAAAAAUCUGGUAAAACUUGAUUUCAGGUGUAUAACUGUAAUCAAUCGAAGAUGAUUCGCUUGCUGUCGCUUAAUAAACCAACCAGCCAAACUCUGUGAUAUUUUGUCGUGCAAUAAAUGUGUCGGUCAUUGGGUUGCAGUUGUUGUCUUUAAUGAUCACAACAAUCUAGAAUGGAAUACUAAUAUGAUGGGAGUUGUACAGGCUUUCCCAAUUUUUAAAUUAAAUUAUUAUAUUAUGCUUUCGUUACUUUAAAGAGAUGUUUGUCCGACAGAACGCGCAUUUUAGUCAGUUUGGGAAAUAUGUGAAAUGUGUGGUAUUUGCCCUGACCUUACUCCAGGUUAUUUAAUGUUGUAACUGCAGAGAUGUGUGUUUAUGCUUUAGCCCAGCUUCACUGGAGAACCACUUUAACAAUUUACUACCAUGGGACAAGCUACAGUAGUAAAGAAAAUAACGAUUCGUUUUAACCUGCAAUUACUUAUUGGCCACAUGGGGGCAGCAGAAACACAACAUUGCAUUAUAGUACAGAAUUUCCUUUUAAAGGUGACCAAUUAACACAUCCACUAGACACAUGAGGCUUUUUUAUCAUCCUUUUUUUUUUUAACACCAAAGAGCUUCCGGCUGCUGAUUGGAAAUGACACUGAUGAGAUUAGAUAUUUCCCAAAACAUUAAAGCUGGAAACCAAAACAAUCAGCUGAGAGUCUGUGGGUUUGUUUUUGGAUUUCAGCCCCUUUGACAUUGUCACAUUUGUUAAUUAAAAUAUAUUGAUCAUAGUUGAUUUAUCUGUGUUGAUGCUAUGCGUACUUUGCAUACUUU